UUAACCCUGUGUCAGAUGUGUUCAGUUCAGAGCCAUCGGCAUGCGAUACAACUCCCAACUCUCUAUCUCUCUCUCUCCAGGAUGAUGAUCUGAAGGCGCAACACUUGCUAGAUUUUGUAAAUUUUUGUAUCAUCAUGAAAAUCUCUUCUGUAAAUUUUUGUGUCAUCAUGAAAAUAUCCGAUUUCGUGAUAUAUGAGGGUAAUUUCUUGAAGACAGUCUUGUACAGCUUCCACUCCCCGUCUCUCUCAAGGAUCUUGAAGAGCAAGCAAAAUAGGAGAGGAAUCUACAAGAUCUUUUCAUCAUGGAGAAAAUCACCUCAAUAUGUUGUGCUCAGAACGCAAGGUACCAUCUUUUUUUAACUAAUGUAUCUAUGGAUUUCUAUGCCUCUUUUAUAUUUUUUAUUUUUAAAUCAAGAAAUUUUGUUGCAAAAAUUCAGCACUACCCUAUUAUCUCACAGUUUUUUUUUUUUUUUAAUUAUUAUUAUUAUUAUUAUUAUUUUUUAAUCUUUAAUUGGACUACUGAGAAGGAUGAUUAAGGAGGAGGCUGGUGUUUGGAGGAUCGCAUUAGUGAACUUCCUGAUGUUAUACUCAGGGGGGGGGGGAGCCAGGAUUCAAUGUAAGGGGGGGCCGGAGUGUGGAACAAAGACAUAGCUCGCAUUUAUCAAGUAAAAAUGCUAUAUCCUCAUUAACUUCACUAAUCAAAACCAACAAGAACAACAAAUUAUUCCUAAAAUUUUUUUGGAAGAUUGUAAAAAAACAUGGUAUUUACACCAUGUUGGUUUUUAUUUAAUAGAUAAUGACUUCAAAAGAUUUUGAGUUUUAUCUGUGUUUAUAACUAAUACUGGUAUAUGACAUGGUGUAAGUAUAUAACUAUAUAUUGCAUCAGUUCUAACUUCUGAGGGUUAAACAUAUGAUAUGCAUAAUUGAUAUAUAAACAAAACAGGAAGCACUUUCCGAAAAAAAAAAAAAAAAAAAUGAGCCUGAAGCAAGGCCUGAAACAGGGUAGCGUGCAUUCAUGAAUAAUGUAAACUUCAAGUCCUUUAACAUAAAAAGCUGUUUCUAAUUUGUGCAUCAAAGGCAUGGAAUGGAAUCAAGAUAUAUAUAUAUAUAAUAUUAAAUAGUUCCAGGCAAGAAUUUGUUGUUGACAAAAAGACCUUACUUCUCUGUUCAUAUAAAAGAGAUCAUCAUGUUUUUUGAUUUGUAGUUCAAUUCCCCUCAAAAGUAUAACUCUCUCUCACUGGAAAACCACAGCAAAAAAUAAAAAUCAGACCAGACAUAGCUCACAUUUAAAGCUCAGAUGUUGAAUUUCAGAAUAAAAAUUGGAAAAGAAUUCCAUCAAAAGGAGAAAUAAAGCAAAAUUUCAAAUAAUCAACUUCAUUCAUCAUGAAGAAAUAUAGCAACAAUGGCAAAUCGCAAGGCAAAUAGCAAGAACAAAAAACAGAGAGAAUGGCAAAUCGCAAAAAAAAAAAAUAAAAAAAAGACCUUUUCGAUAGUCUUCCAGAGUCCCAGACCAUGUCCUAGAUUGCAAUUUGCAUCCUCAGCAAAGUGGUGGUCCAACAGAUUGUCAGUUUGUGUGAAGCCUGAAGGUGGAGGAGAAUGGAGAUUCGGGAGAAGGUGAAGAACAGAAGGUUAGGGCAAGAGGGAAGGGCGGAGGGAAAUUUUGGUUGUGCGCGGUUCCCUAAUUUGAGGGCUGAUUCGGCUGAAUGUCUUGGGGGUGGGGGGGCCAGGUGUAGUAAAUCAUAUAUAUAUAUUUUUUUAUAUGUAUACUAAUGAAAAAAAAAAAAAAAUUUUGGAGGGGGGGGGGGGGCGGCCAGGCCCCUGCUGGCCCACCCCUUCCUCCACCCCUGGUUAUACUCGUUUCAAUAGUCACUAUUGACAAUGAAAGAAGCUGGAAGAAGUAGUCUGCUUUCAAAGAGAUGGAGGUACAUGUGGACUUACAUUGCUGCUUUGAACUUUGAUGCCUCACAUAUAAUUGAUGCAUUUCUACUGCGUGAUAAGGAAGUUGAAGUAGAAAGGCCUUCGUAUUUGAGUUGGGUUAACCAAGUCAUGAAAUCACACAACGCUCCAACUAUAAAUGAAUUCAGAGUUCAUUUUGAUCUUGAUGUAACUUGUAGAUUUGAUAUUGACAAUUGGCUUAACUUUGCAAUGAAAAAGAGAGUUAGAAGGCUUGUGUUAGAUUUGUCACUAAUGAAGGAUUAUGAUAGAGAAGAGGGAGAGAAUUACAAUUUUCCUAAUACAAAUCACCUGCAUUCAAAGUCUCUUGGGGUUUACUAACUGCAUCUACUUGACCAACCUCGUGUUGUCAUAUGUGAAUGUAACUGGGCAAGUUCUCGAGUAUCUCUUAAUCAACUGCCCAUAUUUGGAACAAUUGUCUGUGAAAAUAUCUGAAAGUCUCGAUCUAUCGGUCAAAUUGAAGCGUUUGGAGAUAUAUUUAUGCUUCAAUGUGGAAAGUAUUGAGAUUUAUGCAACGAAUCUCGUGUCAUUUAAGUACUAUGGCCAUAAACUGGCCAUUCAAGAAUGUUCAGGAGCCUAUUGAAUUGUAUAUCGGGGGUGACUAUUGCACCGAUCUAAUGUCUAACUUUGUCGAGAUUUCAAGCUAUCUUUCUCGGCUAGAGAGCCUUACAUUGAAGAUGUAUUACAUCCUGAAGCUAAAGCAACUGAAGUUGAGUCUUAGGAUGGCUGAGGGUGAUUGCCUAUUGAUUUUUACUCUCCUCAUGGAGGCAUGUCCUUUCUUGUAUAAAUUUAUCUUGGAGGUUUCAUAUACAAAAUAUACUUCGGAAAGAAAAUGGCAAAUUGUGAAAGGUUGGCCCCAUCAGAACCUUAAGGAGGUGGAAUUCAUUGGGUUUGUUGGGCAAAUGAUGGAUAAUGAGCCUGCAAUGUAUUUAAUCAAGAGUGCUCGCCAUCCAUGCGAUAUGGGAACUCUGUGGGAGUCGAUGGAGACCGAGAGAAAAGUAGCAAAAAAUCACGCAAAUAAAUUUCGAACCAAACUCCAUGUUGGAGCAGCUUUGGUGAUCCUUUAAUUAGUUAUAUGUUUGAGUAAUAUUGUAUUAGUUACAAGAGGAAGUGGAGAGAUUUUAUGUAUUUAUUUAUUUAUUAUUAUUAUUAUUAAAAUAAUAAUAAUAAUAAAUAAAUACAUAAAAUAAUAAUAAUAAUAAUAAUAAUAAUAAUAAUAAUAGGUUGUUCAUCAUUAGCACUGUUUCUCAUCGUUAUUUAUAAAAAAAAACACAUUAGCAAAUACUUCUGGCGCCUUUAUAAUUUUAAGUACUAACGUCAAUUUAUUUAUUUAUUUUUUCUUGGAAAGUUGGGCCAGGUAUAUUGAUGUGUA